AUGCGCAUCUCCAACUCCAACGCCAUCUCGGCGCUCUCCCUCGUCGCCAGCGUCCUCGCUCGCCCGACGGGCGACUUCAUCUCGGUCCUCACUGGCGGUCCGCAGGCCGCACUCAACAUGCCUAUGGGCAGGACCGCUGUCUCUCGCGCCGAUAUGGAGGAGAUGGCCCGACUGGCAAUCGCUGUCAAUACCGCCUACUGCCCCAUGGACCGCUUGCUCCAGCCUCACCCCACCGCCGAAGUCUCCUCUCCCGGUCGGCACAAGCGCAGCCACACCCCUAUCCGACAUGCCUCUAGCAUCGUCAUCUCCAGCCAGGACCCCGAGUUCGCCUCGCAGGCCGAAGAGGUGGAUAUGAACUGGUACAUCUCGCACACCCCCUCCACCCAAACCCUUACUCUCGCCUUCUCCUCCCUCCCUUCCACAGACGACCUCAUGGACCUCCUCUCGUCCUCCCCCUUCCCCAACGCCACGCUGAACGACAAUUUCGUCGAGCUCCCCACCUACCUGUUCCCCGAGGACAGCGUUCCCUUUGAUCCCUCCCCGGCGAUCCACCACUCGUACCUCCCCGCGCUCGAGACACACGGUACCUCUGCCCUGCUUGCCGUUCUGGACCUGCUCGAAACCCCUCCCAUCCCCAUCCGCACCAACCGCAACGUCCUCCAGAGCUUCAUCAACUCGCUCUCGCGCCACCCGGAACCCCUCGCUGCUAAGCCCAUCAAGCACGUCGAGGUCGUCGGACACGGUCUCGGGGCGAGCAUGGCCCUCCUCGUCUCGGUCGCGCUCCACCUCGAGGUCGCUGGACCCGCUGCAGAGUCAUACGCCAACCCUCUUUCCCCGGUCGGCAUCUCCGCUACCCUCUUUGGCAGCCCCCGCGUUGGCGACGAGGUCUUUGCGGCCUGGGUCGAUCAGCUCCAGAUCGAGUCCCCGGAACUCCGCAUCAACCGCAUCACCUCCUACGCGGACACCGUCGCGCAUCUGCCCGCGCGCCACCUUGACCUCGUCCACCCCUCCAUUGGCGAGAUCUGGGUCGGUGCAGACCCGCGAGUGGCGUACGCGUGCAGGGGAGAGUCGGAGGGAGAGGCCAGCGAGGCGUGCAGCGCGAGCAUCCCAUUGCCCAAGACGAGUCUGUUGGACCAUGCGGGGCCGUUCGGGGGUGUUUGGAUCGGGCAGAGCAAGUGCAGGAGGUCAGGCGCGUAG